CCCAUGCAAGAACGCGCAGACUCAAUCUCAGCUUGGAGCGCGACACUUACAUUGAGGGUGGCUAUAUAAGUCCAUUCAGCAUCUCCCCCUUAAGUAACUAUAUACUUGUUUCUUCCAAGAGGUGAAGGAGGGCGGCAUCUCGCCAACUACCUGGCAACCUACGAGGCUCUACUGGACCUCCUCUAAAGUCUAAAGAUUCCUGUUGACAUCCUGACAUGAAGCUCAAUUUACUUGGUACCACCGUGAUUCUGCUAGUUGCCUUCUUACCGCGCUACGAAUGUCGGGCUAUUGAAAGCCCCGGCGGAACCCUGCGCGUCCCAGCGCCCCAAACCCAAAUCUCCCAGCAGCAGCAACAGCAGCAGUCUGGUCCGAUUCUGGAGCGGCUUGGAGAGGAGUAUUUCAUCCGACUGGGCAACGGGGACUCUAACUCUUUCCCAUCCGCGUCCAUGUUUCCCGGCGGAUCUCCUGCCGUCUACAACAGAGCGCUACAACUCCAGCUGACGCGGCGCCUUUUACAGGGGAAAGUUGGGAACAUCAGGGCGCUCAUAAGCGGGUUCGGAGACCGCGGGGAUGACUCGAUGGAGAGGGGGAGAAGAUCCGAAGACCCGCCGAUAUCCCUGGAUCUGACCUUCCACCUGCUCCGGGAGAUGAUGGAGAUGUCCAGGGCGGAACAGCUGGCCCAGCAAGCGCAAAACAACAGAAGGAUGAUGGAGCUCUUCGGGAAAUGAAGGACUCUUCCCUGUCCGCCAAAGAUCCCCCCCCACCCCCACCCCCCCACUUCUUUUUCUUUCUUCAUUCCUCUCUUUUUUCUUUUUCUUUUUUUUUUUGCAUUUCUACCAUCAGCACAAAACAUGCUCUGUACAAUAUAGUGCUGCUUUAUCACUUCUAUUGUUUAUAGCUUUAACCUCAAACUAUGGAGCAGAAACGGGCUUGACUUAUAAUGAGCCGAUUGUACCUUGCCAUUUUAAUGUUGGUGUCAAAUCUGUACAAUUCUUCAUUUUUUGAGAUCAACACUUUUGGUUAAUACAUGAACUGCAUUGACAAAAGUGGCAAUUUGUUUUAGAUUACGAAUCACUGUAUUCAUGAACUAUUUAUGUUUGUUAAUAAACUUAUGUGCAACCAGUCAA